AAAAAAAAAACAAAACCUCUUUUUUUUUUUUCUCUCCUCUCUUUCUCUCAACCUUCUCCGCAUACAUCUAUGUUUUCUCCCAUUGUUAAGAGAAGUCUUGCUACUGCUGCUGCUAGUAGUGCCUGGUUGACUGCUACCACCACUACUGUUUUUGCUGAAGAAAAGAGAACCAAGCUUAGUAUUUAUGACGAACCUGAACCUGAAGUUGUUAUUAUUGAAUCACCCACUAAGCUUGAAGAACAAGUGUUCUAUGCACAAAAAUAUGCUAAUGAAACUCUGGAAGAAGGAAAGACACAUGUCAAUGGUUUGGUUGAAAAGUACAAACAAUUAGAACACCAAGUGACAACCAACAUCAACGACACUAUUGAUAAAAACGAAGAAGUUUUUCCUAAUGUGUUGUAUGUCGGUGUUGCUGCUUUGGCAGGUACCAUUAUUGCCCGUAACAGAAAUAUUGUGCUUCGUUUCUUGACUUCCAGUACAUUGGCUAUUGGCGCCUCUUACUAUUUGCUUCCCAAGACAACACACAAUGUUGCUCUUCACCUUGAGAAAUUAGAACACAGAUAUCCUCAAUUACAAGCAGCUCAUCAGACUGUGAAUGAGACUGUAGGUGAUGCUCGUAAGCAGCUAGAUGUUACUCUCUCACAAUUCCGUGGUGCUGUUGAUGAGAAUGUCAGUAAAUUACAAGAACAAAUUCAACAAAACACAACUCAAUUGAAGAAUGCUGUUGGUGCUGCUGCUGCUUCUACUAGUGCUGAGACAAAGGAUACAUUUGAUCAAGUCAAGAAGAAUGUUGAAAGCAUGUAUUCUACAAGAUCCAAUCCUGGUGUUGAAGAAACAUUAAAGAAGAAUUAAAUUAAAUUAAAAAGAAAAAGAAAGGGGCUUUAUUCAUUUCUUUGAUGCUGUAGUAGACCAU